AUGCGUGAUGGUGCCUUCAAAGAGCCCAGCCGUGUUUCUAAGGAGCUGCCGGUUUCUGAACCACCUCUCAAGGUCAUCACAUUUUCCCACCCAGCCAGAGCUCGGGAAGGGGAUGGAGGCCAGAACAGUGGAGAGGAGACCUACUUCGUGCUGCUCGGGCUCUCCCGGUGCCUGUGGGCUACGACCGUCUUCUGCCUGCUCAUCCUGACCUGCGUUGUCACCGUUUUCGGGAAUGGCCUCAUCCUGCUCCUGCUCUCCCACGGUCCCUGGCUCCACACGUCCAUGUCCUUCUUCCUCAGCAGCCUGUCCCUCGUGGGCGUGUGCUUCACCAUGUCCCGCGUGCCCCAGAUGCUCGCCAACUGCUCGCUGACUCUUCCCGUCGUCUCGCUCGCACACUGCUUGGCCCCAAUGGCCGUGGGGCCCUCUCUGAGUGUUGUGGAGUGUCUCCUGCUGGCCGCCAUGGCCUGUGAUAGCUGUGUGGCCAUCAUGGACCCCUGGCGCUACUCUUUGCACAUGGGGCCCCGACUUUGCGGCCUGUUGGCCAGGACCUUGUGGACAGCGGUGUUCCUGCUGACCAUGGUCCCUGUGCUGGCUGUGCCCUUGGAGUUCUGCGGCCACCAGGUCAUCAGUCACUUCUCGUGUGAACUCCUGGCCCUGCUCCAGCUGGCCUGCUCUCACCGACUAUUCUGUGAGGCGCUCACAAAGAGCAGCCACAGCGAGGUGCGGGUCUCGCCUCGCUCUUCUGUGGCCAUCCCCCCAUACGUGGCGCUCCAGGAGAAGGUCACCCAUGACGGAGACAAGGUCAUCUCCACGUGCUAUGGCAUCCUCACCCCCACGGUGGACCCUGUCAUAGGCAGCCUGCGGAAUAAGGACAGGAAGGGCGUGUUCAGGAGGCUCUUGGGGAGAAAGCCUGACUUCUGA